GGCGCCACUCCCGCCAUGACGGUUGAACGGCCGGAAGCCGCGCGCGCUCCCGGCGGCCGUGAAGGUUCCGGGCCGGGCCGGGCGGGCUCGUGCGCGCUGACGCAACGCUCCGCACGCGCUGACGGCGGGCGGGCGGGCGGGCGCGCGACGGCGGGGGGAGCGGGGGGGGCGCGGCGCGCGCGCUGCUGCCCGACUCCCAACAUGGCGGCGGGGGGCGGCGGCGGCCGCGGGGGCAGCGCCCCACGGUGGGGCGGAGGAGGCGGCCGGGCCGCGGCGCAGGAGAAGCUGCCGGUGCAUGUGGAGGAUGCGCUUUCCUACCUGGACCAGGUGAAGAUUCGCUUCGGCAGCGACCCCGCCACCUACAACGGCUUCCUGGAGAUCAUGAAGGAGUUCAAGAGCCAGAGCAUCGACACACCUGGAGUGAUCCGACGUGUCUCGCAGCUUUUCCACGAGCAUCCCGACCUCAUCGUAGGAUUCAAUGCUUUCCUUCCUCUGGGCUACAGGAUCGAAAUUCCAAAGAACGGGAAGUUGAGUAUCCAGUCACCUCUGAAUAGUCAGGCGCCCGCGGAGCCGCCCGGCGCCGUCCCCGGCGGCGGCCUCGUGCUGCACUGCUCCCAGGAGAACUCGCACAGCCACGGCGCCGGCGCCGAGGAGCUCAGGCAGCAGCUCCCCUGCAAAGACGACAAGUCCCAGAUUCCUCUGGAGUCCGAUUCCGUGGAGUUCAAUAACGCCAUCAGUUACGUGAAUAAGAUCAAAACGCGUUUCCUCGACCAUCCGGAAAUUUACAGAUCCUUUUUAGAAAUUCUUCAUACUUACCAGAAAGAGCAGCUGAACACGAAGGGCCGGCCUUUCCGAGGCAUGUCGGAGGAAGAAGUGUUCACUGAAGUGGCAAAUCUGUUCAGGGGACAGGAGGAUCUGCUUUCGGAGUUCGGACAGUUCCUCCCGGAGGCCAAAAGGUCCUUGUUCACAGGGAAUGGACCGUGCGAGGUGAACAGUGUCCAGAAAACCGAGCACGAGAAGAAUCUGGAACACAGCAAGAAGCGAUCCAGACCGCUGCUGCUGCGGCCCGUGUCCGGCCCGGCCAAGAAGAAAAUGAAACUGCGAGGUACCAAAGACCUGUCGGUAGCGACAGUGGGCAAGUACGGCACGCUGCAGGAGUUCUCCUUCUUCGACAAGGUGCGGAGGGUGCUGAAGAGUCAGGAAGUGUACGAAAACUUCCUCCGCUGCAUCGCUCUCUUCAACCAGGAGCUGGUCUCCGGCUCUGAGUUGCUCCAGCUGGUUACACCAUUUUUGGGGAAAUUCCCAGAACUCUUUGCGCAGUUCAAGUCUUUCCUUGGUGUGAAGGAGCUUUCAUUCGCUUCUCCGCUGAGCGACCGAUCCGGGGACGGAAUGAGCCGGGAAAUCGAUUACGCUUCCUGCAAACGCAUCGGCUCGAGCUACCGGGCUCUGCCAAAAACCUACCAGCAGCCCAAGUGCAGCGGAAGAACAGCCAUUUGCAAGGAGGUGUUAAACGACACCUGGGUUUCAUUUCCAUCCUGGUCUGAAGAUUCCACCUUCGUCAGCUCCAAGAAGACGCCGUACGAGGAGCAGCUGCACCGCUGCGAGGACGAGCGGUUCGAGCUGGAUGUUGUCCUGGAGACCAAUUUAGCCACAAUCCGCGUCCUGGAGAGCGUGCAGAAAAAGCUGUCCCGCCUGACUCAGGAGGAUCAGGAGAAGUUCCGCCUGGACGACUGCUUGGGAGGAACGUCGGAGGUGAUCCAGCGCCGGGCCAUCUACCGCAUCUACGGGGACAAAGCACCAGAGAUCAUCGAAAGUCUAAAGAAAAACCCUGUUACUGCAGUUCCUGUUGUUCUGAAGAGGUUGAAAGCGAAGGAGGAGGAAUGGCGAGAGGCCCAGCAGGGCUUCAACAAGAUCUGGCGGGAGCAGUACGAGAAAGCCUACCUGAAGUCCCUCGACCACCAGGCUGUCAACUUCAAACAGAACGACACCAAAGCCUUGCGCUCCAAGAGCCUGCUGAACGAAAUCGAGAGCGUCUAUGAUGAGCAUCAGGAGCAGCAUUCGGAGGGGAGAAGUUCGUCCACAAACGAGCCUCAUCUUAUCUUUAUCUACGAAGACAAGCAGAUUUUGGAAGACGCAGCAUCUCUCGUCAGCUAUUACGUCAAACGGCAGCCUACGAUCCAGAAGGAGGAUCAAGCCACCAUCCGGCAGAUCGUGCAUCACUUCAUACCGGAGCUUUUUUUCUCUCAGCCCCCCGAGCACAAUAUUUCUGAAGAAUCGACAGAUGAGGACAGAGAAAACCAUCAGGGGCAGAGCCUGGAGACGCCUGAGCUGCGGAAAAAACACGUGCCUGGGCCUCCGAGCAGCCCCGUGGAGGCCAAAGCCACCUUCUGCGAUGUGACGGCGGCUGAGCCCCACAACGCUCUGGAUGAUGUUUACAGCCUCUUCUUUGUCAAUAACAAUUGGUAUUUCUUCCUCCGCCUUCACCAGACUCUGUGCUCAAGGCUGCUCAAGAUUUAUCGUCAGGCUCAGAAGCAGCUUCUAGAAUAUCGGACUGAAAAAGAGAGAGAGAAACUCCUUUGUGAGGGAAGAAAGGAAAAAACCAAUGAUCCAGCCAUGGAACUAAGGCUGAAGCAACCAAGUGAGGUGGAGCUGGAGGAAUACUACCCCGCCUUCCUGGACAUGGUGCGGAGCCUGCUGGACGGGAACAUCGACCCCACGCAGUACGAGGACACGCUGAGGGAGAUGUUCACCAUCCACGCCUACAUCGGCUUCACUAUGGACAAGCUGGUGCAGAAUAUUGUCCGCCAGCUUCACCACCUGGUGAGCGACGACAUCUGCCUGAAGGUCGUGGAGCUGUACCUGAGCGAGAGGAAGCGCGGAGCCGCCGGGGGGAACCUGUCCUCCCGCUGCGUGCGCGCCGCCAAGGAGACCAGCUACCAGUGGAAGGCUGAGCGCUGCAUGGCCGAUGAGAACUGUUUCAAGGUGAUGUUCCUUCAGCGGAAAGGACAGGUGAUCAUGACCAUUGAGCUGCUGGAUACGGAAGAAACCCAGACAGAGGAUCCUGUGGAGGUCCAGCACCUGGCGAACUACAUGGAGCAGUACGUUGGGGUGGAAGGAGCUCCCAACAACCAGAACGACGGCUUCCUAUUGAAACCUGUCUUUCUGCAGAGGAACCUCAAAAAGUUCCGCAAGUGGCAGUGCAAGCAGGUGCGAGCUCUGCGCAGCGAAGUGAAGAGCUCCUGGAAGAGGCUGAUCGGGGUGGAAAGCGCCUGCAACGUGGACUGUCGGUUCAAGCUCAACACCCACAAGAUGAUGUUCAUCAUGAACUCGGAGGAUUACAUGUACCGGCGGGGAGCGCUCUGCCGCGCCAAGCAGGUCCAGCCCAUGGUGCUGCUGAAGCAUCACCAGCAGUUUGAAGAGUGGCACAACCGGUGGCUGGAGGAGAACGUGACCAUGGAGGCGGUUGACGUCGUUCAAGACUGGCUGAUGGGAGACGAAGACGAGGAGAUGGUGCCGUGCAAAACAACGUGUGAGACGGUGAACGUCCACGGGGUCCCGGUGAACAGGUACAGGGUUCAGUACAGUCGCCGUCCAGCGUCACCCUGAGCACAGACUUGUUCCUGUGACCACGCCGAGUAGGAGCGUUGCUGGUGAAACACAUUUACUCUGAGAAUAGUGGUGGGAAUGCAAUGUAUGUAUUCAUGAUAUUUAUCCAAACAGCAUUUUACUUUGGAUUAUGAUGUAUUUUCCAUAUGGCGUAGACUUGUCUCCUUGCAGUGUAAUCCUCCAGCCGUCAUGAAGAGACUUUUAACAGCUUUGUGGGACGAGGGCUCUCGGCAUCGUUGCGCACUUUUUGGUAGUUUCCUGGUGUUCCUUCCAGUCCGUACUGGAAGGCUGAGUGAGGCAAACUGGGCAAACUACCGCUCGUGGCUUGGCCGGAGAUGGAGCUGGAGCUGGGCUGGUGGUAGAGCAGAUGUUGGCAGCUGCUUCCACUCCGAAGGGUUUAACGUUCCCUAUCUUCCUGAAUUUGUGCCAUCUUGGAGCCUGCAGAACUCUUCAGUUGUAACCUCUGAGUGCCAGGGGGCUGAGAGCACCUUGGCACAGCCGCUUCGUUAUCUACGUGUACUAAUGAGGCAACAGGUGCAGUAUCUGUUACUGGUGCUCCGGGGAGAGAUGCCAAAACUGAGAGAAGGGCGAGCGGCAUACGAAACGCUCCGACUCUCAUCCAUUUCAGUAUUUUGGAGCAUGAGCCAAGGGGAAGGAACUUUGAGCCGCAGUGAUUUGCGGCACCAGGCACCGAGGCCCGUCAGCUCCCGCGUCCGUGCUUCGCGAACGCACCGCCUGCCGAUCCCUGCUGGAUCUGGAGCUGCGUGGAGCGCGCGCCUCGGGAGGAGCGUCCGUCGCGAGGUCUGGCCUUUUUCACUUUCAGUCUCUUUUAUUUUGCAUGUUGAUGGCAGCCUCCAGACUGCGUUCUCAGGCGCUUCGCGUUCCUUGCGCGCCCGGACUCCGUGGUUCUGCGGGGUUGUGCCGCGCAGAGAACAGCAGCAGGUGGAGCUAUUGGCGCGCGGUUUGCGCCGGGUCGGAGGUUUGUCCCGGAUUCUUGGCCGUUUCUGCUGGGUCAGCACAGCUGCUGUGUUCCCAACGACACAUGGAAAUCUGUACCGGCAGAGCUGGAUCCAGCCACAGCCGCGCUCGACGCUUUUCUGCUGAGCGUCUACUUCUCUCGAAGCUUUUUAUGAAACGAAACCUAGCAAAAAAACUACCCCGAACCGUGCAGAACACUACGCUGUUAAUUGUCUGACUUUAAUCUGUUAACAAAUCAAGAGAAUGGAGUUCUGUCUGUCCUGCAGCCCCGCCGUGACCUCGCUGGUCUGUGGGGCCGAGGGCGAGCCACGCUGUCCGUGUGUCGCACGCGUCGUGUCUCGAGGCAGGUCCGGCCUCCGCUCCGCUCCCAACUCUUUCCAGGCUUUUGGGGCAAUAACCCCCUCAGCCCCGUGAUUUUUUUGUGGUUUUGAUUUUUAGGUUAUAAUUUCUGCCAGACAAAGCAGCAGCCUGUAGGAUCUGUCCUGGGUUGUUUCCACUGUACAGCAUUUGGUUUUGCAAUUGUCUCACUUGACAGUAGAAAACUUGGCCUUGGGGGUACGUUUAAUAGAAAACUGUACUGACUCUUUGUCUUUUUUUUUGCAAAAUAACCGGUAGGAGGGAAGGCGGGAGGCCUCGAUUCCUGCCCUUGCACAAGCGCUGCCAGCGAGGGCUGGUCAUCCGCAACUCAUGUUCUCGUUGUCUGGGUCUGUUCAAAUGCUGGUUACUGAAAGGAUCUGAAGGCUCUUCCCGUGCCCGCCCUGCAGUGAGCGGUGAAGGACGCCGAGCGCGUUGUCUCACCAGGGCCGCGGAGCACGGAAUAUUCCCCUCUUUGCUUCCAGAGAGCUCCACGAACCCACCUCUCCGCUGCCCUGGGUGGGGAUGACAACCGUGCCAAAUUUUAUGGUUUUAUGAUACAGAAAAAUGUUUACUAGAAAAUAGGUUGCAACUCGUGGCUUAAAAACGCGUUUGAUUCCAAGUGUGCCGCGGUGCACGGGGGCGACGCGCCCGCGCACCAUCGUCGUCCAUCUCCCCACUUUUAAGUGUACUUCAGGUAUUUUAAGCAUCCUUAUUUUGUAAACCUUAAUUUAUAAUCUGAAGGGAUGGAGCGAGACUUUGGCCCCGUACAGCGCUGUUGUCUCCAGAGGAUGGCAGGAGCGCAGGAGGGGGUGCAGCGCUGGUUGAGAGCAGCGUUGCUGGGCUCCGGCUUUCAGCCCCACGCUGGGUCUCUGCCGGCGCCACCUGGAUUCAAGAGUUUGUUCUUCCAUUUUUUUGAAGGAUCUUUGCUUUUGGGCUUGUAAUUGCUUUGCCAGCUCUUUGAAUGUAGUUUUUUUAAUAUUUAUUUGCACAUUCAAGUCAAAUAAAAUAUUGAUUUUAAAAGUC